AUGAUUCCAUCAUCAUCAUCGUCUUUCGGAUCUCGCUCUUCCUCAUCAUCACGUUCCAAUCAAUACAAUAAUAACAAUGGAACAACAUUAUGUAACUAUAAACAAGCUAUUAGAGACGAUGUAAUUCGAUCCUUAUUUAGAGAAUAUUUACAGAAGGAAUAUAAACAAGAACCACUGGAAUUUAUCGAUAAACUCGCCCAUUACAAAGCCAUGCACCAAUUCGUGAAUAACUCUUUGAUGAGCAAUAACAAGACCACCUCCAACCAUAGCACCUUGAAACGAACAUUUGGCAAGGGAUCACAAAAGAAGAAGAACAAACACGAUUGGAUCUACAGCGAUUCCUCCGUUUUUAUUUAUCCAGAUGAUCUAAAUACAAGAUUAUCGCUGCAAAAGAGCUUUCAAGAGUUUGUGUUUGCUCACCCGAACAUGGAAGGCAUCAUCAAAAUUUUGUUCAAAGAAGUGAUCGAGCUGUUUGAAUUUGCUGCUGAAAGUUUGAAUCAAGACUAUUCGGAGAAAGAACCCUCGCUCCAUGUAUUUGUUGAGUUGUUUCUUCUGCUCAAAAAGAAUGAUCUUCUGUUGGCAGGCCAAGAAGAACAAGUCUUAUCUCGCAUCGUUAAUAGGUUUAAAUUGUUGAAAGACUUCUAUGAGGCAACAAGCAAGCAGAUGUUGGGAGCGUGUGAUUCUGAUCAUCAUCAGCCUCGCACAACAACACCACCCAUGUCCGCCACUGGUACAAAAGAAUCAUCAUCAGACAUACUUCAACAGGAUCCUGCGUCCUCCUCCUCCAAUCAUCACCAGAAUUCCCACAAAGUCAUUCUAUUGGGCGAAAUAUUCGGAAAGUUAAAUCCUAUCCAUCUGUUUGGAAGCCUUGCCAUCAGGGUUCAUUAUGAGUUGGCUAUGGAGUUCCAUCACCAUUUUACGGUCAUCCACGGAGAGGACCUUGCAAAAUACAUCGAGAAGAAAGGAAAUGAUUUCAAAGAGAGUUUAUUAGGAAGAAGAGGACUCGAUUUGAGGUUGCAAGAAUCCGAUUUGAGAAAUCCAAAAUUUACAGACCGUCAUAUCCAUUUGGGCUAUGCUUUGGAAGAAGAUUCCGAACACUGGGUACAGUUACAACUGGACCCCAACGAUGAUGGCUUAAAAUGUUACAUCUCAAAGAAAAACUAUGUUCUUGAUCCUUCGAGAAAUUUGAAAGGGAUGAAAUUGGUCAAGAUGGUCAUUGAAUUCGACCUUCCAUUGAAAGAUGUUUGGGCACUUUAUUGGUCAGGAGAUGAUCAUGUAAUUCUGGAUUCACAAGCAUUUGCAGAAAAUUAUUGUGUCCAUUAUGAACGUCCAUCGACAGUCAAAGUAUCAGGUGAUGGUUCUCAUCGAUUUGGUUUUGUACUUGGUCGAUCAAUUAUUGAUACUACUAUUCCCGUACUACAAAAGAGAUGUUUCAGCUACUCAAUGACAACCGUUCGAGAUUUUGAUCUCAAUGGUUGUGAAAUAAUAAUGAAUUUAGGCCAUUCUGUGAACCCAGACAUUAUCGAUGGUCAUUUAUCAGAGAAUGAAAGAAAAAAGCACAAAAACUGUGCACUCACUACUGGGCUUUUCUAUCACAUUUUUUUUGGUGUGGCAGAACGAAAAACAAAAUAUGUUCAUAUUUGUUAUCUAGAUAUGGAUAUUCCUUUGCUAUCAGGAAAAAUCUUUAGGAGCAUUUGGAAACGAAGAGUUAAAAUGUACAAAAAAACUUAUUAUGAUCUGCUCAUGCAGAAAACGAAUAAUGGAAAGAAAAGCGUUGAUACUUCCAAGUUUAAGGAUACUUUGCUAUUUAGACAACCAAUGGAUGACAUGUUUGUUACUCCAACAUGGUAUUAUGAUUUCAAACAUGGUAUUGAAGCAGUUUAUGAUAUUGAAAACUACAAUGUUAAAUUAUCUCCAGAAAAACGACGAUCGCUUGAAGAGGCAACUGAAAUAUCAGAUGACUAUUAA